GCUGAGGAGACGGCGGUGCAUCUAUGUGGUCCGCCUGACACUUGAUCGAGGGAGAGAUGCGUCCUUAACAGCCGCUGUGAAGACGGGAAGGGAAGGGCACAGGGAACACAUGCAUCUGUCCUCGCGCUCCAGCCGCACUCUGCUCUUGGACUUGCUUGACUAUUUUUGAGCUGUAUUUCAGCGUUUUACUGGGGAAGAAACUGAUUUCUGGUCAACUGUAAAAAUCUGACGAGCACACGUUGGUGACUGGUUGUAUGUUGAGCGCGGUGUCUCGUCGUUGGAGCGGCGAACUUGAUGGGAUUAUAGCAAACAACACUGCGUCGUUGGAUAAAAAGCUAAUAUUUGGAAGGAAUGGAGUGGUUUGCUGACUUUGGAAGGUAGUGGCAACAAUCAAUGAGGACAUCUAUCUCCAUUAGAUCAAGAAAGAACUAUUUUGGUCAAGGACACCUUUUUCUGUGAUUUUUCUCUUUCUAGCUUUUUUCCCCCUCCUCCUCCUCCUCCUCCCACCAUCUUGGAUAUCUAGCCUUGUUCCCCAGGGCAACACUGACUGAUUGGUCAUUACACCAAGGUGCGCCUACAUAACAGGAAGACACAACGUGGAGUUAGAAGCUGUGGGAAUAAGGUGGUGAGUCAGCCACCUUAGGAAGUACAACAGAUGACACAUUUCUGUUCAAAUUACCCCCCAUACUGAUAACUAUACAAGGACCAUUUUUACUGGAGGGAAUCGUUUCAAUAUGAAGGAGGUGUCUUUUGUGGAUUGCCUUUUUCUCGGCUUGGCUAUGGCCUCUUUUGCAGCCGGCACAGAGGAUAAGUCCGAUUGCCCCAAGUUGUGUGUUUGCGAAAUGCGACCCUGGUUUUCCCCAAGUUCAGUGUACAUGGAAUCGCUCACAAUUGACUGCAACGACUUGGGACUAUUCAGCCUCCCAGAGAAACUACCAUUGGCGACACAGGUACUGCUACUGCAAACAAACAAUAUUGUGAAAGUUGACAUGCCAUUGGAAUACUUGGCAAACAUCACAGAAAUUGAUCUAUCGCAAAAUAAUGUUGCAUCACUUAACGAUGUUCACUUGGGGAGUCUUGCUCAGCUUCUGUCACUUCAUUUGGAGGAGAAUUUGAUACAAGAGUUGCCCGAAAGGUGUUUGUCGGAGCUAGCUAACCUCCAAGAGCUGUACAUGAAUCACAACCUUAUCUCGUUCAUCUCCCCAUUGGCUUUCCAGGGUCUGAGAAGUCUUGUACGUCUUCACCUCAAUUCGAACAAGCUCAAAACCAUUAAUAAAGAAUGGUUUGAAGCCAUGCCGAACCUCGAGAUUCUGAUGAUUGGAGAAAAUCCUGUUGUUUCGAUUGAGAAUAUGAAUUUCAAACCUCUCAGUAACCUUCGCAGUCUUGUCCUUACCAGAAUGAAUCUCUCCCAGCUCCCCGAAGACGCACUAACCGGCCUUGAAAAUUUAGAAAGUAUUUCGUUCUAUGAUAAUAUCUUUCCGGAGGUGCCGCAUUCAGCCCUGAAAAAUGUGAAAAAUCUCAAGUUUUUGGAUCUUAACAAAAACCCAAUUAGUAGAAUACAGAGAGGCGAUUUUGUGGAUAUGUUUCAUUUAAAAGAGCUGGGUAUUAAUAGCAUGCCAGAGCUAGUGUCAAUCGACAGUUUUGCACUUAGUAACCUCCCGGAGUUGACCAAAAUAGAAGCCACCAACAACCCCAAACUGUCCUAUAUCCACCCUAAUGCUUUCUACAAACUCCCACGGCUUGAAACGUUAAUGCUAAAUGGCAACGCACUCAGCGCCCUACACAGGAUCACAGUGGAGUCCCUUCCAAAUCUUAGAGAGGUUAGCAUGCACAGUAAUCCUAUUAGAUGUGACUGCGUGGUGCGCUGGAUGAACAUGAAUAAGACUAACAUUAGAUUUAUGGAGCCAGAUUCGCUGUACUGUGUUGAACCACCCGAGUAUGAGGGCCAGCAUGUUCGCCAGGUGCACUUCAGGGAGAUGAUGGAAAUCUGCUUGCCUCUCAUUUCUCCUGAAAGUAUGCCCGGACGCAUCAAGACACAAAAUGGCAGUUCGGUGUCGCUCCACUGCCGCGCCUUUGCCGAACCUGAGCCAGAAAUUUACUGGAUCACGCCCUCCGGUAUGCGAAUCCUGCCCAAUACUGUGUCUGACAAGUACUACAUGCACCCAGAGGGGACUUUUGACAUCUACGAUAUUACUGAGAAUGAAGCAGGACUUUACACAUGUGUCGCCCAUAACCUUGUUGGCGCAGACCUCAAAUCCGUCUCCGUUGAAGUGAAUGGAUAUUUCCCGGAGCCUAUGAAUGGCUCUUUGAAUGUCAUAAUCAACUCUGUGGAGACAAACUCUGUAUUGCUUUCCUGGAAGGCUGGCCCUGGGACACUGGCUCCUAAUAUUAAAUGGUACACCAUGAGCGAGAUAGACCACCCCAGAACCGCAUUCACCACAAGGGUCCCAUCUGAUAUCCGAGCCUAUAACCUCACGCACCUCAGCCCGGCGACGCAAUAUAAAGUUUGUGUAGAGGUCCACGGCAUCCAUUAUAACCACGAAACCAAAUGUCUGGAUGUCACCACUAAAGGCAUAGAGCUAGCCGUGAGAGACACAGAGAAAUGGGAUGCAGCUGUGAUAACUAUCUUUGGUGUGCUUUUGGCAACAACAUCAGUGGCAUGUCUGCUUAUUUAUGUGUCGCUAAGGAACCACCAUCUUUAUGGGCAGAUUAGAAAGUGCGAAUCAAAGGUAGCGCUGAUGCCCGCAGAGGAAAAAAGUAUGAACUUUCCUUUCUUUACAAAGCUGUGGUUUGCUGGUAAAGGACUACCAAGCGGGGUGGAAGUUAAAGCAACCGUCAUAAAUGUUUCUGACAAUGCCUUUUAAAGAAGCUGGACUUUCAAGUUUGACAUGAAUAAACUGACAAUGGGUACACAGAACAAUAAUGAUUACCCAUAGCUGGACACAAUAAACUCUGGGAUUGAACAUUUGUCAAAACGUCUACAUGCUCUCCCGGUUUGAAACUUUGAGCAGACACCGUGGCAAGCUACGAAAUACACUGCAAAAAGUUAGGUUCCCAUUCCCACCAAAAAUGCAGGCCAAUAGGAGAGCAGGUUUCAGAUGAUGUUGAUGGGGUCAACUCUCUUGUAAUUGACUGUUAAAUGUGUUCAGAGUUGUGGAACUGUCCGUGUGGUCCCCCCCAAGCAAUACCGUCUGUGCUUUGUCCUAACACCCAUAGACGAGUUAGCGAAACACUAAUAACACCUGAAUAUAUCGGGAAGGCAGAUUUUAGUAGUGCGUAGACCUACAACAGUGACUAUGGUGUAUGACUUUUGAUGAAAUAUACCCCAGUUUUCUAUUUAAAAAUGGAUUCUUGAUUUUUCAUGGAGAUAUUGUUAUAUAUAUAUUCUAUUAUGUUGAUGUAAUGACAAAUCCUCUGUAUCAGAACAGCUUAAAUGGGUUUUUAAUGACGGCGAGCGGCAGACUACUUUUGAUUACAACGUCACAUUAAGCUUAAUGAAAUUGUGCUUCAAAAUGAGUAUCUCGAGAGGGACAUUUGCCAAAUGGUUGUUUAUGCUGUGUAGUUCUCCUUGCAUCAGCUCCUGGGACAAAUGUGUUGGACAGAAACAAAUAUAACAGGUCAAUUAAAGCUGAGAUGACCAAUGCGCCAUCUCCUGGUAAGUGCCUACAACAAGAAAUACAUGAAGUGAACAGAGAAGAAGAGAGAGCGCAAAACCAGACCAUCACAUCACCGCGGAAACACAGGCUACCCCCAGUAAUUUUAGUGGAAAUACUUUUUAGCAUACAUAUUUUAAGAUAAACAUUUUGUUGUUGCUUUGGGUGUAAAGUUAAAAGCCAUUUUUAUAUUUACUGUAUUAUAUGUGAUCAAUGGGCACAACAGACUAAUUAUGAAAUGUGCUACGAAAAAAUAAUAAAUGUCAUUGUUUCUUUUCC